AUGAAUCUUACUCGGUGGAACAGUGAAUAUUUAUUAAUAAAAUCCAUCUAUUCUAUUGGUAAAAAUGAACUUGAAUUAAUUACAUCGAUGAUGGAUAAUCCGGUUACAUUUUCUAGCAAUGAUUUAACUCUUUUAGAAGAAAUAAUUCAUAUUCUUGAACCAUUUUAUGAAAUUACGAUUAAAUGUCAAGCAGAAGCUGCUGUUACUGUUAGUUUAGUUGUUCCAUCGAUCGUACAUUUAAUUAGUCAUCUUCGUGAUAUUAAAGAAGGUAUUUCAUUCUGUUCAAAACUCGUCGAACAGCUUGAAGCAUCUAUUAACACACGAUUUUCUGGUAUUAUCAAUCGGUUAAAUUUAGUUGAUGUUGCCGAAAAUAAUCCUUAUGGUGAUACAUUAUAUUUUAUUGCUGCUGUUUUGGACCCUUGUUUCAAAUUUUACUGGGUUCGUGAUUUAAAACUGCCGGUUCAUAUGGAAAAUCGGCUAAAACAAAAUAUAAUUCAACUGAUCAUUGACGAAAUGACCAAAGAUUCAAAAAAAUCGACAAAUGAUUUAAAUCAAGUUAGUUCGUCUUUAGCAACAACAUCCUUUACUUCAACACCAAAAGCCAAACGUCGAAAAUUAUUUAAUUACGAUGAUAGUAAUAUGGAUGAUUCGAAUGAAUCAACAACACUUGAUCCAACAGUUGAAUUAAAUGCUUAUUUAAACGAUCCAGUACGCACGAAAUUUUCCGAUUACUGGUUUCAUUCUCAAUUGAAUAUUCUUAAAAAGUUGAUUAUGCGUGUAUUUUCAGUGCAAGCAUCGUCAGCACCAAUUGAACGUGCAUUCUCACAUGCAGGACUGAUAUUGUCGCAAAGAAGAACAAACAUGAACGAACAUUUAUUUCGAGAUUUGGUUUUUUUACGUGUCAAUCAAAAGUUGUUAUAA